AUGUUUAUAUUGCAUAUUCAGUGCGUGUUAUUAUCAUUAUUUGUAACAGUACAUUGCCAAAGCAUCCGUGUAUUAGGAGGGUCACCGACCACUAUACAACAAUUCCCAGUUAUAGCCCAAUUGUUACUAGACCCCUGGGGUAGCGGCCAAUACUCUCAACAUUGCGCAGGCGUCAUCAUUACAUCUCGGCACAUUCUUUCCACAGCGCAUUGCUUUCAAUAUAAUAGAGAAACUGGUAACAAUUACACUUAUCCCGACUUUUGGAGGGUACGAGUUGGUUCAUCCUUCCGCUCUCGUGGUGGCGUCUUACAUAAAGUAAAGGCGAUUGUACCGCAUAGAGAGUUCGACAAGUAUUAUUUUACUAAUGACGUUGCGAUAGUCGUGCUAAGUAAGAAAAUCCUGUUUGGCUCUACGACACGACAAGCUACUAUAGCUAAUAAGGGUACAGAGUUGAAACCGAAUUCUCUUUGCACUCUUAUUGGAUGGGGUGUAACACAGGUAGGAGGCCAACAAUCCGAUCAGUUGCAGUUAGCAACGAUUUUCACCGUUGAUCAAUCCGAUUGCCGAUUCCGAUAUAGAACUAUUGGAUCCAUUAUCGCAGACUCAAUGUUUUGCGCCGGUCGAAUUGAUGUGGACGGCAUAGACGGAUGCUUCGGGGAUUCUGGAGGACCAUUGUUUUAUAAGGGAGUGGUCACAGGAUUAGUUUCGUUUGGGUAUACGUGUGGUAACCGAUAUUAUCCAGGUGUUUACACGAAAAUUUCGUAUUAUAUAGAUUGGAUAGUGAAUGUAAUUAGAAGAAAUAAAUAA